GCAGCAAAAUAACCGCCAAUCAAUAAUAGUUCCCACACUUUUCCCCAUUGUCACGACCAGAAAACCGCUAAAAUGGCCUUGAUGGAACAAACUGGCUGUGAACACUCCCUUAUUCACUAAUUAUCUCGUAUUAGCAACGUGCACCUCGUUCAUAUGUCAAGAUGUAUAGAGAUCUAUCGUCUCUAUCCGCCAUAGCCAUCUCUCUCUCUCUAGUCAUCGUUUGUUACUGCUGCGUCUUUCUCUUCUGCUACUUCCUCAUAAACGUAUACAGGAAAUAUAAGGGCCGCACUAAGCGAAUCGACGAUCUUCGCGAUGUGAUUUUGGGCUUUUUAACCCUCACGUUCGUCUGCUGCUGUUGCUUCUUCUUCUUCUGCUACUUCCUUCUCAACGUGUACGAAAAGUGUAAGAGGCGCACUCAAAACAACGAUGUUGCGGUUUUUUUUGCCAACGUAGAAGCUGCGGGGCCGCCCCGAACGCCGCCCCCAGACUACAACACGGUAGUGUUUUUCCCCCAAAACGAAGCAGCGGGCGUGGGACGAGGCGAAGAAAAUGAAGAUGAACGUCUUCCAGAAGUGGCUUUAGAAUGUGAUAGUGUCGUGAGAUUUUAUCCUCAGUAUUCUGAUGAUCCUCCGACUUACGAAGAGGCUGUAGAAGUCUAGACUUUUAUUUACUAGUCGAAUAAAUGACACUUUAGUCGAGAGUUUUUUGUCAA